AUGAAUAAGAGAAUGCUGCCAAAUGGUGAAAACGAUAAUGACAGCAAAUCGGGAGUUAAACGAUAUAUGAUGAAUCCCGAAGAUCAAUUAGAAAAUAAUAAUUUACAAAAUGAAAACAAUAAUUAUAAUUUAAAUAAUUCAGAAAAUGGAAUAAAAGAAGAAAACUACAUUGGAGGAAAUAAUCAUGAUAUUUCGAAUAACAUAAAUUGUGAUGAAAAUAAUAAUUUAAAUUUUAUGAUAAACAAUUCAAAUGACCAUAAUAAUUAUGCUGGCCUUCUUAAUAUUGAAUCAAUUGGUAAUAGCAAUCCAAAUUACAACAACAAUAAUAAUAAUAAUAAUGAAUAUAAUAUAAACAGUUUUAUUGGAAAACAUGGGAUGGAUAAUAAUCGAAAUGGACAUUCAUAUUAUACAAACGAAGGAAAGAAAAGAAAAGGAAGUAGAUAUGCUAUGCCAUUUUUAAAGAAAGAAAAAAAUAAUGUAAAUAAUAUGCUCGUUUUAAAAAAUGUACCAUCUGAUACAGAUGAAGAAGAUAUUAAAUCACUUAUAAGACCAUUUGUAAAUAAUAAAACUCCUGAUAUUAUAUUUAAUGAAGAAGGUGUAAUAAUAAAAUUAUAUGAUGAUGAUUUACAAGAAAAUAUUUUUAACUAUUUUAAGGAACAUCCAACUCAAAUAAAGGGAUCGUUUUUUGAAAUAAAAUUGACAAAAAUAAAUGACGAUAUAUCAAGUAAAGGAAUUUUAGAAAAUCACAAAAAUAAUAAUGGAAAUAUGAAUAGCGGAUAUGGAAAUAAUGAGUAUAAUAAUGGCCUUUAUGAUAUGCGUGGGUCAAUGGAAUAUUUCGAUAGAGAAAAUUCUAAGGAUAAUUUAAAUGGACAUGAUAAAAGAAAUUCUAAAUAUAAUAAAAAUGAAUGUUCAAAAGUAAUUUUAGUAUCUGUUGUAAAUAUGCAAUAUCCUGUUGAUAUAGAAUUAAUUUAUUAUUUAUUUAGUAAAUGUGGAGCUGUAGAAAAAAUUAUUACUAUAUCAAAAAAAACAUCUAUUUUUCAAGCCUUAGUACAAUUAGAAUCAAUUGAAGUAGCUAAAGAAGCAAUAAAAACAUUGCAUAAUAGAAAUAUAUAUGAUGGAUGUAAUACUUUACAAAUCCAAUAUUCAUUUUUAAAAGAACUUAUAGUUAAAAAUAAUAAUUCACAAUCCUGGGAUUAUACUACAUCAAAUCCGCAAAGAAAUAAAAACAGUUCUUCUUUUCAAAACUCUCAUGGUGUCUUGCCAACUCCAACAAGAAAUAUCAAGGAAACAGAAUUGUACAAAUUGCUAGAAAGAAAAUUUAAGAUUGUUGACUUUGAAACAAAAAAUACAUCGAAAACUCCUGUCCUAAUUUGCUACAACAUCCCUAAGGAGUAUACUGACGUAAACAAGCUGUUCAAUUUGUUUAGUGUAUAUGGCUAUGUUUCAAGAAUUAAAAUAUUACGCGAGAAGCCAGAUUCUGCUCUUAUCCAAUAUUCGAAUUAUUUGUUUUCCUCAUUGGCUCAAGAGUGCUUACAACAUGCAAAGAUUUGUCAAAAUAUUUUGGAACUACAUUUUUCUAAAAUAUAUGAUAUAAAAAUUUCAUAUCAGGACAAAAACAGAGACUCUUAUAAGGCCAAAUUUUUUAGUAACCACGAUCAGCGAUAUGGGAUGUCUGAUCAACUAAAAUAUGUUAAGGGAGCAUGCAAACCCACCAAAACUCUGUUUAUAUCUAAUGUCAGCGAAGAAGUCACAGAGGAAUGCAUAAUAGCUUUAUUCAACAAAUACGAUGAAAUCAACAAGUUUAAAUCACAGCCUAUAAAAGAGGGGAAGAAAAAUUUUACGGCGACUAUUGAAAUGAAUUCAGAGGAUACGGCAACCAAAGCUCUAAUGGAUCUUCAUAACUUUCAACUGAAAGAUCGUUGCAUGAAAGUGUCAUUUACGAAAACUAAACUGCCAUGA